AUGAAACCUUUAAAACAAUUGUCAAUUCUCCGUAUACCGUUUCGAGCAAUGGAAGAAGUAUCUAAGGGAAUGCACUCAAUAAUAAAAAUGAUUAGCAACCGUAGAAAUAAUGAGUUCCCAAUACUCCGUCUACCGUUUCUUGCUAUUGAAGAAGUACUCAAAGCAAUGGAUCCAAUCGAAAUAAGUGAUCGAAUCACAAAUGAAGAAUGGAAUUCGUUUCUCAAGAAAUGGAUAGCAAUGGAAACAAAUCAGAAUCUGGAAUGCUUGGAACUCAGUCGCAAACAUUUGGAAGAAUUCAGAGCACUCGUAUUGCAUGAUAUACCACAUGAAGUAGUGGAUGGAGGAGUCAAACGAGUAUUGAAAAAUUUUCUAAAUCGAACUGAUGAGAUAAACGGAGGGAUCGACAUCCGGCGAAUCGAUGGAAGGACGGCAACAUUUUUCACGCAAUUUGAUAAUUUUUGGAUGAGUGUUCAUUAA